GACUACCCAGGAUACGGGUGUUGGGUGGGAUGCUGUUACUAGCACUAUAAAUGCAAGCGACGAAUGAUGGGAAGAGAAAAUUAAGGAGAACAAGGAAUAUGCCAAGUUCCGUAAACAUGGCUUCAAGAAUAAGGCGGACCUUGAAUUCUGUUUUACUGGAACAUAUGCUACUGGUUCAGCGAGAUUGGCAUCGUCUAGUGGAUACAUACCAACUCCAAAAUACCAUUGUAGUGAUGGUAAUCAGAGUACCCAACUUGACGAUGAUUUGGAUACUUGGUUUGGAGAAGGAUAUGUGCCUGAGCUACCCAACACAUCCAAAGAUUCACCCUACCCAUACACUGAUCCACCCAAUGGAGUACACCUUGGAGAAUCACCUGAAAAGUUAUUGAGGAUGAUGAUAUUUCUUCUGCAAGUUCACCUUCUAAGGGUGUCCCGGUGACACCAUCUCACACAUCCGGAUCAUUGGGAAAGAGAUCAUUCGAGGGUUCAGUUAGCAGGAACUCAAGUAAGA